UCCCUGCUUUCAAGUAAACCCUUGCGCAAUAACGUUACUUCUUUUCUCGCCUGUCUUUUUUUUUCUCUUCUGUUUGAACCAUGAGCUUCUCGUCUCUCGCUCUCGACCUCAGUCCAAUCGCCACCUCAAGAUGGGCCCACCAGAGACCCACUCUCCACUUUCACCAGCACCGCCGUAAUUUCGUUGUCUGCUCCCUGAAGCCCGCCGCCUCCUCUUCUCUAAGCGUGGCUGAGUCAGCAGCCAGUGAGUCGCUGAGUCGAAUCGGAUCGCUGAGUCAGGUAUCCGGCGUGUUGGGGUCUCAGUGGGGUGAUGAAGGCAAAGGCAAGCUUGUUGAUAUCUUGGCUGAGCACUUCGACAUCGUCGCUCGCUGCCAGGGUGGAGCUAAUGCUGGACAUACCAUCUACAAUUCGGAAGGAAAGAAGUUUGCCCUUCAUCUUGUUCCUUCUGGCAUCCUUAAUGAGGAGACUCUAUGUAUUAUUGGAAAUGGAGUAGUAGUAAAUUUGCCAGGUCUAUUUAAAGAAAUUGAUGGGCUGGAAGCUAAUGGUGUCUCCUGCAAAGGACGGAUAUUGGUAUCUGACCGUGCUCACUUGCUAUUUGAUUUUCAUCAAGUAGUUGAUGGGCUUAGGGAAGCUGAGCUUGCUAAGUCUUUGAUUGGCACAACUAGAAGAGGAAUUGGACCUUGUUAUUCGAGCAAGGUGAUCAGGAAUGGCAUUAGAGUAAGUGACUUGAGGCACAUGGAUACUUUCGCUCAGAAGCUUGAUGUCUUAUUAUCAGAUGCAGCUUCAAGAUUCCCUGGUUUUAACUAUACCCCAGAAAUGCUCAAGGAAGAGGUUGAAAACUACAAGAGAUUUGCUGAGAGGUUGGAGCCAUUCAUUUCUGAUACUGUGCAUGUGAUGAAUGAAUCGAUUGCACAGAAGAAGAGGAUAUUGGUUGAAGGUGGCCAGGCUACUAUGCUGGACAUUGAUUUCGGUACUUAUCCCUUUGUAACUUCCUCAAGCCCAUCUGCUGGUGGAAUCUGCACUGGGCUGGGUAUUGCUCCAAGAGUUGUGGGUGAUUUAAUUGGAGUUGUAAAAGCAUAUACCACAAGAGUUGGUUCUGGUCCUUUCCCAACAGAAAUCUUGGGUCAAGGGGGUGACCUCCUUAGGUUUGCUGGGCAGGAGUUUGGCACUACUACUGGUCGCCCUCGUCGUUGUGGUUGGCUCGAUAUAGUUGCUCUUAAGUUCUGCUGUCAGAUUAAUGGCUUUUCUUCUCUAAAUCUCACCAAAUUGGAUGUCCUGUCGGAUCUUCCUGAAAUUAAACUGGGUGUUGCUUAUAAACAAGUUGAUGGUACACCAGUGCAAUCAUUCCCAGCAGAUCUUCGUCUUCUUGAGCAGUUGAAGGUUGAAUAUGAAGUUUUGCCUGGAUGGAAUUGUGAUAUUUCUUCUAUCAGAAACUACUUGGAUCUUCCAAAGUGUGCACGGCAAUAUGUUGAGAGAAUAGAGGAACUUGUUGGUGUGCCUGUCCAUUAUAUCGGUAUUGGACCUGGCCGUGAUGCUCUCAUUUUCAAAUAAUUCGACGAUUUUCUCCUUAAAUUAUUGUUGGUUUAUUUUCUUGCACUCGGCAAAACAAAACUAUUAGUGCAGGAAAGUUUUUAUUCCCCAUUUUGGGACCAUUUUUUGGGGACAAAAUUAGGAAAAUACAUGAAGUUGAUGAAACGAAAUAACAAAUAUCUUCACAUACGGGGUUACCUGGAAUUGGGCAUUUCGAUCUCUAUAUGAAAUGGAUGUCCAAGGUAUCAAUCCGCUUGUGGAAAUUUGGUUUAGUAUUAGUUCUUGAGCGUAUUAUACUUUGAAGUCUCUUUGAUGGCAGUGGUGAGUUUGUAAGGAAGAGUUAAGAAACGGGUUUAAUGUAACCGCAAUGUUGUAGA